AUGGCGGUUGUUGAACGCUCUCCGAAGCAUCUUGUACUUUCGGAAUCGCACCCUCUAUCUAAGGAGCUCUACGCAAAUGUAUUUGGCGAAGUACUGUCUUCAAAGCAUGGCACUGUCACCCAAUUGUUCGACGUCAGCAGCAUUACUGAGAGGCCGCUCCUCUUCAAGAAGGUGAUUGGGUUCUUGGCGGAGCGGUACCGUGCGAUGGGCAAGGCCGGGCCGACGCACAUUCUCUCCUUGGAGUCUCGCGGGUACGUCAUUGGAGCGCCGCUGGCUUUUGAACUUGGCAUUCCUUUUGUACUCGCUCAAGUGACAAAACGGUUUCCGUCUUCUUUUGUCCACGAGGACAAAGCCCUCACAUACCUGCCCCCAUCUUUUUCCAUUCGUAACGGCAGUCUUUCGAAGGACUCUCGCGUUGUCAUUGCAGAUGACUUCAUUGCGACCGGCCGGUCCCUCACCUCCGUCCUACGGCUCACCGAAGAAAUUGUCGGCGCCGCGGUGGUUGAGGCGGUGGUGGUGUGUGAUGUGCCGUUGCUCAACGGUGUUGAGGCCGUGCACAACUCCGAGGGUGCUCGCUUCAAAAAGACUCCUAUAUUUACGCUUAUGCACUUUAAUGCCACACAGGAAACGAUACACAACCAGCUUGUUGCCCACAGUACCCAACUGACAUGUCACAAGCUGUGA